AAUAUUUCAAAGGAAACAUUAUCAUCAUCAUCAACGGUCCAAAAUAGCUGCCACCAAAUAAUACAUAAUAAAUAAUCAGAAAACCCCGAAAAUGAAGGGCCGAGAUCGAAUCAAACACUAAUUUCUUUUGUUCUGUGUUUCACUGUUUUGUGUGUUGUGUUAGGUUAAUAGGUUCAGAAAAAAGAGGAGAGAAAGUGCGGUGAGUCGAAAGAGAGAAGAGAAGAAAAAUGGCUAUGGCGAACUUGGCGAGGAGAAAGGGUUACCAGCUUGCGACGAAGAGCGUGUCAUCGGAGACGCUUAGAUACUCUCUCUCGCUCUCUUCGUUCAUUAGGUCGAGAGGAUUCGCCUCUGGAUCUGAUGAAAACGACGUCGUCGUCAUCGGAGGUGGCCCCGGCGGCUACGUCGCUGCCAUCAAGGCGGCUCAGCUCGGUCUCAAGACCACUUGCAUCGAGAAGCGCGGCGCCCUCGGUGGCACCUGCCUCAACGUUGGAUGCAUCCCUUCCAAGGCGCUCUUGCAUUCUUCCCACAUGUACCAUGAGGCCCAACAUGCAUUUGCCAACCAUGGGAUCAAGUUCUCCUCUGUUGAGGUUGAUUUGGCAGCCAUGAUGGCUCAAAAAGAUAAAGCUGUUUCUAAUCUUACCCGGGGUAUUGAAGGUUUGUUCAAGAAAAACAAGGUGAGCUAUGUCAAAGGAUAUGGUAAAUUUGUUUCGCCCUCUGAAGUAUCAGUGGAAACCCUCGAUGGUGGGAAUACUGUCGUGAAGGGCAAGCAUAUCAUAAUUGCCACCGGUUCAGACGUGAAAUCUUUGCCUGGUGUUACGAUUGAUGAAAAGAAAAUUGUAUCAUCUACAGGAGCUCUUGCUUUAACUGAAAUCCCCAAGAAACUUGUGGUCAUUGGGGCUGGCUAUAUUGGCCUAGAGAUGGGAUCGGUAUGGGGCCGAAUUGGAUCCGAGGUGACUGUUGUGGAGUUUGCACCGGAUAUUGUUCCAUCCAUGGAUGGGGAAGUUCGCAAGCAGUUUCAACGUUCUCUUGAGAAGCAAGGCAUGAAGUUCAUGCUGAAGACUAAGGUGGUUGGAGUUGAUACUUCUGGGGAUGGCGUGAAGCUGACCCUUGAACCAGCUGCCGGUGGUGAACAGACCACGCUUGAAGCAGAUGUUGUUCUUGUAUCUGCUGGCAGGACUCCAUUCACUGCUGGACUUGCGUUAGACAAGAUAGGAGUGGAAACAGACAAGAUAGGGCGUAUUUUGGUAAAUGAAAGAUUUGCCACAAAUGUUUCAGGUGUGUAUGCAAUUGGAGAUGUAAUUCCAGGCCCCAUGUUGGCACACAAGGCAGAAGAAGAUGGAGUUGCUUGUGUUGAGUACAUAGCUGGUAAGGUUGGCCAUGUGGACUAUGACAAGGUCCCCGGUGUUGUCUAUACAAACCCGGAGGUCGCAUCUGUUGGGAAGACAGAGGAACAGGUAAAGGAACUCGGUGUUGAGUACCGUGUUGGGAAGUUCCCUUUCAUGGCUAACAGCAGGGCUAAGGCAAUCGACAAUGCUGAAGGAUUAGUAAAAAUAUUGGCCGAAAAGGAGACAGACAAGAUAUUGGGAGUGCAUAUUAUGGCACCCAAUGCAGGAGAGCUCAUCCACGAAGCAGCAAUAGCAUUGCAGUAUGAUGCAUCGAGUGAGGACAUCGCACGUGUUUGCCAUGCACAUCCAACAAUGAGUGAGGCUGUGAAAGAAGCCGCCAUGGCCACCUAUGACAAGCCAAUUCACAUUUGAAAAGCCAGUAGCUUCAAAAUUCAUGUUUUCAUUUUUUUUUUCCCAAGAAUUUUACAAUGACUUGGAGAUGAUACCGUCUUGUUUGUUAAAAUCAAAUUCAGGUGUUCAAAAUACGAAUUAGCUCUCUUUACUUCCGUGCAUAAUAAGGGGAAUGGUUGUGCUGUUUUAUCCUUGAGUAAUACAUCUAUACUCUUCUGCUUGGAGCAGUAAUGUAAUUUCUAUUUUUAAUUCAA